AUUUUCCUCAGUCUGACAGCCGCUCAUUUCAGAACGUAACGAAAGUAAACCGGGUCGCGGGCGACACCGAAAGAGAAAACCCGAAAUUAGGUAUUGCUGGUCAAUAGCCUAGGGUCUACAAAUACUCUGUUCUUCUUUUAAAAUAUCGAGAAUUUUUAUCAAAGCUACUACUUCGAAUAAAUUCAUUAUGGACUGCAUCAACAGUUUACUUCAGGCUGCAAGUGCGGAGAACUUUUUUAGCAACUAUGACGCAGUAUCCUCUCAAAUUGGAAACAUUGUUUCAUAUCAAAGCCGAUCACCAUGCGAAGACCUCAACAGCAUGUCUCAGACAGUUCCAAAUGUCGAAGAUGUUAGUGGUUAUGGCGAUGCUAUGCAGUUUCCAGACGAUCUAAGCGCCUUCGGAGAUGAUUAUGGGUGUGACAUGAAGCCAGAUAUCCAGUCUCUCAAAGCCUCUUUGCAGAGAGCACAGACUGAAAGUCCAUCCUCUUGCUACCAAGAAUAUAGCCCACAGCCUGUAUAUAGUCCACAGCCAACUUACAGUCCUCAGUCAUCUGGUAGUCCUCAGCCUUCCUCACCAAAUCCCUAUUCCCAACAAUCUGCAACAUCCCCAGAAAACUGGUGGCUCCAAGAACGCCAGCUUAUUCCAAGUCCAGCAACUAGUCAACCUCAAGAUUCUUGGUGCAUCCAAAACACAAACACCUCUUGUGAUGUGAAUGCCAAAGAGGCACAAGCCCAACUUUUGCUUGGAAUUCAGAAGUACCAUCAGCAACAUAUUGUGGAAAAGAUGUACCAAGUACAGCAACAACUCAUACAGCAGAAACAGCAGCAGAAUUUCUACCCUGUAAAUGGAUACAAAUUCCCAACAGCAUUGAAUAUGAAAUGGCCAGGUGUUUCAGAGAACUCUGCUUUUGAGCCACAAAGUGGACCCAAAACAUGUCUGUCUUUGUCAGAAUUCUAUCCUUCAUUGACACCAAAGCAGAGUGUUCUCAAGGCUGGAUCAAGUAUACUCAAAGAAAAGCGAACAAAUCCAAUGCAGAGUAACAACAAAUGCAAGGUGCCCCCAAAUGAAAGACCAUAUGCCUGUCUUGUUGAAAACUGUCCCAGACGAUUCUCAAGAUCAGAUGAACUCACAAGACAUAUGCGCACACACACUGGACAGAAACCAUUCCAGUGCCGCAUCUGCAUGAGGAAUUUCUCAAGGUCUGAUCAUUUAACAACACAUAUCAGAACACACACUGGGGAGAAGCCAUUUGCUUGUGAUGUUUGUGGAAGACGUUUUGCUCGCUCAGAUGAAAGGCGUAGACACAUGAAGAUUCACCUAAGAGAGCAAGCCAAAAAGGAAGAAGAGCUGAAGAAGAUGUUGGCAAAGCAGAACCCAGACUCUCCAGGUCAACAAGUUCCAUCUUUAUCACCCAUGGCAAUGCAUAUUUAGACAGUACUUUGCUUUGACCUGUUGUUGUUGAAUUUUGGGACAUAUUUAUCCUUAUAUACGUAAACAUUUCUCAUCUAGCUGGAUAACUAUAACCCCUUGCCUUUUUCCUGACAGUCCUGUUCCCACACUUGCUACCUUGCUGCCUUUGAAACUGCCAGAUAGCAGUAAAGUCCAUGAAAGCCACGUUCUUUUGUAGGCACGUUUUCAGAAGAGUAUUUUUGAGAAUAUCACCAUGUUUUGCAUGACCUAGUGUAGUAGUGACUAAGAUUUUACCUUUGGACUUUUCCCUAAGAACAGUUAUGUCAGGACAGGAUUUAAUUUGAAAUAAGCUACAGUCUGUCUUUAUUUCUACAAAGGCCACUAGCUAUUCUUCCUACAUAUUAGGGCUAUUUAGCAGCAGUUAUUGUAUUAUUAUCUUGAUGCAUGUGUAACAAAAGCUUUGACACUCAGUAUGCAGUGCUGGUAACUGUUGGUUGCUGAAGUUUUUAUUCGAGUAAUAUUGAUAAUCAA